CAUCCCUCUCUCGCUAUUUGAAUAGAGAGCCUGCGGAGCACUCUUUUGUUCAGUAGCGCUCAGCUGCUGGAGAGGUGAGCACCACUCUGGCGCUCAUCCACUCAUCGCGGCUGCUGCUGCCUCGGCUUCGGUGACACAGAGACAGAGAAGCGCGGACACACACCACACCACACACUACAGCUCGGACAAGACAGUCACUCCACUGCUGCAUGCAGAGACGACACCGCGCCGCUCUCCCUCCCGUGCACUCUUGCUCUCACCUCUCCGGACACCCUGAUUUUUUUAAUCUUUUUUUUUUUUAACACCCGCACUCGCAGGGGCUUGUUGGAUGCUUCAGCUCCCCCCGGUCUGUGGCGCUACCCACCUGCACCGUGUCAGACCGACGCUCUUGUGAGGCUACAGCAUCGCUCUACAUUCCUGUGGACUGGAUCUCACUUCAUCCAAAAGGUGCAGCAGGAUGCAGGGCGUACUGCCUGUGUGUGGACUGCAGCCCCUGCUGGCCCUCCUUCUGCUUCAAACUGUGGGCUGUGGCGUAACCAACGCCGAUGCAGUGGUGAAUAUGCGGAAGGUGACCCAUCAGACCAUUAGCGAAGAGUUGUCCACAACCGUUCUCCUCCCCUGCCUCUUCACCCUCCGCCCCAGUUCAUCCCAUGAGCCCCCCAGGAUUAAGUGGACCAAGGUCUGGGGCCAGAGAGGCUCAGAUGGCCUGCAGAAGGAACAGUCUGUCCUGGUGGCCAAAGACAAUGUGGUCAAGGUGAAGAAAGCCUUCCAGGGUCGUGUAACUUUACCCGGUUACAAUGAGAACCGCUACAACGCCAGUCUUGCUUUGUCAGGGCUACGUUCUAGUGACUCUGGUCUGUACCGCUGUGAGGUCGUGGUCGGCAUCAAUGACGAGCAGGACACAGUGCCCCUGGAGGUUACAGGUGUGGUAUUUCACUACCGGGCACCCCAUGACCGAUACGCCCUGUCUUUUGCUGACGCCAAGAGGGUGUGCCUGGAGAACUCAGCGGUAAUUGCAACACCAGGCCAGCUGCAGGCCACCUUCGCUGAUGGAUAUGACAACUGUGAUGCCGGCUGGCUGUCUGACCAGUCUGUACGGUAUCCCAUCCAAUCGCCUCGUCCCGGUUGCUAUGGCGAUCGGGAGGACUCACCUGGAGUCCGUAACUACGGCAAAAGGUCCCCCGAUGAGCUGUUUGAUGUCUACUGCUUUGCUAAGCAGCUCCAAGGUGAAGUCUUCCACUCCGCAGUGCCAGAGAAGUUAAGCCUGGCAACAGCCUCCACCCACUGUCAUGCACUUGGAGCCCAGCUGGCCACCGUCGGACAGCUUUACCUUGCCUGGCAGGCAGGUCUGGACCAGUGUGACCCCGGAUGGCUGGCUGACGGCAGCGUCCGCUACCCUAUCAACGUCCCGCGGAAGAACUGCGGUGGAGGCGAGCCCGGAGUGAGGACUGUCUACAAUAAUCCCAACCGCACCGGUUUCCCCGACACCACAGCCCUGUUCGACGCCUACUGCUAUGGAGCCCGCCAGCCAGCUGGGGUCCAGGCUGCAGAGGCGCAGGCUUUGUACCACACCAACAACCCAGCAACAGAGACCAUCCCCUCAGCCACUGAAGCCCAGCAUAAUGACCCUUUUUCCAAGACUUCCACCUGGACUGGCCUGGUUGACUUAGACAACGUAGGAGUUCACUCCAUUGCCAGGAUUAACAACUCCUCUGAGAUCUCUGAAGAGCAUGUGGUCAUCCACUUAAGGCCAGAUGAAAGGUGGGGUGACAAACAGGAGGGAGCCAACCAAUUCAGCCAGGAUGAGGAGCCUGAUAGCCCAAACAGUAGCAACACCUUGGACCUUUCUGACCUCAGGAACCCAGAGAGUCAUGGAGGUUCUGCUCAUGAAGAAGAAGAUGGUGCCUAUUUUGGAUCGUCUGACACCCCAACAUUACCCUCUGUGGCUCCUUCCACUCCCGAGCCUCACACUAGUAAUGGUGUGUUGGCUGAGUUUGUUACAACUCUGAUGAGGCCCUUUAGGUACUGGACUGGAGGUGAGGAGGUGGAGGGGACAGAAAAGGGACCUUCAGUGCUUGAGGAAAAAGCAGGAGCGAACCAGACGCAGGGAGAAACCAGAAACCUGAGUAUACCGAAACCCAGUGGGAACAAGGGCAGCAUGGACAAUGCCAUCAUGGAGCACAGGAGUGCUAGUAUUUCCUUUAGGGCUCCUUCCAGUGGACUACAGAAGCCAGACGAAGGAUUGUCUGAGCAGGAGAAAGAGUUGAUCCCGCUGAUUCGAUUAGUACCUGCAGUCCCAAGCACAGGUCAAAGUGACACAUCGAUGCAGCCAGGAGAACCUGCCUCCAGCCCUCCAUCCACUGUUAACGAAUUCACUGCAACGGGUCCCAAUGAGAGAUCACCACCCAGUGAACCUGUCAACGUAUCCGGUCCUCAGGGUCCCAGAGUCAGUCCAGCCUUUGCUCCUGCCCCCAGCAGCCACUUUCAGUGGGCCAUCAAGUCCAUGCGUGGGUCCAAACUAGGCCCCCCUGGAAAUGUGGCCUAUGUAGGUAAACGUCCCACCUGGGAGCCUAUGGAAGCGAAAUCGGGCCCACUUGAGGUGAUGACCCUACCCACCUCCCUUCGACAGGAAAACCCGGAAAACUAUUCAGGCCAGGGGAGGGAUCAGGACGGAGAAGAUGCUAACGCUCAAUCAGCUGCCAGAACUGGAUCAGGGGAGGAGAGGGAGAUGGAGGGCAGCAGUGACGGGAGCAACUUUCCUGGGUUUGGAUUGAAAGCAAACGUGGACAGCAGUGGUGUCCACCUGAGUGCUAAAACAGAGUCUUCUCUCAGUGAAAACCAGACUGUGGCAGAGCAUACUACUCUGUCACAGUGGCAGCUAGUGCAACAGCCCACCACCCCACCUCAUGGCUCCCAGGAGCCAGACACAGCAGAGGAGGCCAGGGGAGAGAUCCUCUACGUGAGCCGGCCUACUGAUAACCACUCCUCUGCUUCAUCACGAAAAGGAGAGGGUAGUUCAAAUCCAGGUUUCACUCCUGUUUUUAGGAAGCACAGUAAAGACACAAGCAGAGAGGAGGUGGUGACAUCUACAACUGAAGCCCCAAUGGAGGUGCUGACAACUUCUGAGGUGACCACAGUGGAGCUUCUGACAACCGGAGACACACAGAGGACGGAUCCUACCACGACAGCAACCAGCACAGAAAAUUUAUCAGACAGCACCACCAGCGAGGAACCAUCAAUUUCCAUUUCAUGGGUUCAGGAAGACAGGGAGAAAACAACAAGCACACCGGACCUGCAGAGCCACAUAUCUGCUACUCCAUCGCCCAGCGAGGGAUCUCAAACGACUACGGGUGUCGUUCAGUUGACUACCUUCGCGUCAGGCUCUAACAUUGGCGCCACAGAAAUGGAAUCCAGGUCUGCAGUGUCUGAGUCCUUCGUGGUUGGAAGUCGGUGGACACCUUUCAAAGUCAUGAGCCCAAAGUCAGAGGAGCACAAACCUUCUGUGACGACAGACAACAAAGACACAAGCAACCCUUUCGGCAUUCUCGUACCCAACUGGGCCUUUGGGCUCUUCCCAUCAGUGGAGAAUAACCCAUGCCAGACCAACCCCUGUCUGCACGGAGGGAGCUGCCUGCAGGAAGGUGAUGGCUAUAGCUGCUACUGUCCUCAGGGCUUCUCUGGAGAGAGCUGCGAGAUCGACAUUGACGACUGCCAGUCUAAUCCAUGCCAGAACGGAGGAACCUGCAUCGAUGAGAUCAAUUCUUUUGUGUGUCUUUGUCUGCCCAGCUACGGAGGAGCUACAUGUGAGAAAGACACCGAGGGCUGCGAGCACACGUGGAGGAAGUUCCACGGGCACUGCUAUAGGUACUUCAGCAGGAGACACACCUGGGAGGACGCCGAGAAAGACUGCAGAGAGCACAGCGGUCACCUGGCUAGCAUUCACAGCCUGGCUGAGCAGAACUUCAUCAGAGGUCUAAGCCAUGACAACACCUGGAUCGGCUUGAAUGAUCGUACAGUGGAGGACGACUUUCAGUGGACCGACAAGAUGGACCUGCAAUAUGAGAACUGGCGUGAAAACCAACCCGACAACUUCUUUGCUGGAGGAGAAGACUGCGUGGUUAUGAUUGCUCAUGAGAAUGGCAAAUGGAACGAUGUGCCCUGCAACUAUAAUCUGCCCUACGUCUGCAAGAAGGGAACAGUGCUUUGUGGAGCCCCACCCACUGUGGAUAACGCCUUCUUGAUUGGUCGGAAGCGCUCCCACUAUGACAUCCACUCCGUGGUGCGCUACCAGUGCGCCAACGGGUUCCUGCAGCGCCAUGUGCCCACUGCUAAGUGUCGUGCCAACGGCAAGUGGGACCGGCCUAAAAUCAUCUGCAUAAAAUCCCGGCGAGCCCACCGCUACCGUCGCCACCACCACAAGGGCAGGAGGGAGCGCAGGAAGCACAAGAGGCACGGCCACAGAGAUGGAGGGCACCACGGAGGAGAGCUGAGCCAGGGCCACAACCACGCCCACUUCUGAACCAAAAAAUAAAAAAAAACCCAACCCUAUCCCCUUUUUCCCUUUUCUCCUCUGCCAACUGCAGUUUGCCUGUCUCCCUGUCGUCCCUUCUCCUCGCUCCAUGACCCCAAACACCACUUUACACACCUUUACAGCCUAAAACUCUCUGCCCAAGCCCCGCCUCCCCGCACUGCACCGUACCUGCCCUUAAGCUCCACCCCCUUGGCUCUCCGAGUCAACCUGUAUCAUAGUCAACUCUGAGGCCUGCCAGUGCUGCCAGGCGUCACCGGGACAAUAACAAAAUCCCUUUGUACUCUUUUUACUUUCCUUUCUCUGUUUCACUUUGUUGUCUUAACUUGUCUGUCUCUCACCUACCCUCUAACGCGACCCAGUUACUACCCCUCCGAGCUCAAAGAUGACCUGAAACAUGGGGCUAUGCUGACCUGUUUUUGAAAAAAAAAAAAGAAAAAGAAAAAGAA